AUGUCAGCUGUCACCGAUAGUCCUUCCGGUAAAUUGACGAUCGCCUUCUUCAAGUGCGAUUCUCUACAGAAAGAAUCGAUCGAGAAACAUGGAGAAUACCAGGAUGUCAUACACAACCUGUUCGAACCAUUAUUACCCAAACAUCUCAAUCUUGAAACCCUCACUUAUGAUGUCCUGGAGAAGAGAGAAUACCCCAAGGACGAGGAGUUGGAAAAAAUAGAUGCGAUUGUGAUCUCUGGUAGUUUUGAGGAUGAAGCUCACUCGGAUACAAGGUGGAUAUUGAAACUGGCUGGUUUUCUGAUCAAGAUAUAUGACGAAUACCCUCGCAUACGUAUAUUGGGGAUAUGCUUCGGUCUACAAGUCAUCGCUAGGGCGUUUGGACCGUCACAGAUCAAGGAGAACCCUAAAGGAUGGGAAGUGGGAAGCACCCGCAUGGAUCUGACAGAGAUAGGGAAGAGCAUAAUUUGGGGGGAGGAUAUGAAAUCUGCCAAAGAGCCAGAGAAUCUGAAAGAUCAUGUGACUAUGCAACAAAUACACUCUGAUAUCGUCACCGAGGUCCCUUCCGAUUUCCAUCUUCUCGGUAAAUCCGAUAUCUGCCCUGUACAAGGUAUAGUCGCAUUCUAUCCAGAGGAUCAUCGCCCACCAGCUUUCACUCAUUCGCACCAUCAUACGCUGCCAAGUGAACCUUGGUGUAAUAUUCACAUCAUCGCCUUCCAGGGUCAUCCCGAAUGGCAUGAAGAUAUCUUGAUUCCCUUCAUCGAUAAUUACGAAAAGAAAGGCACCUUCGACUCGGGAUUCGCCGAGAAGGCUAGAGAGAAGAGCAAGAAGGAGCACGACGGAGAGAGGAUAGGAAGGGUUCUGCUGAGGGUUUUGGGCGUAGCAUAA